ACCGCUCGCGCCAUCUCUGAUGAGUGUUUGAAAGCAUUACUGCGGAUAUUCCGUUGUUUAGCGAGGUUAUUUCGUCCCUCCCACAUUCAGCAAUAAACAGGUGCAGGCUCUGUAAAUGAGAAAGUUUGCGCGACGGAACAGUUGAGUAUAACCCAUCCAGGCACUUGUAUUCCAUGUGUGAUUCCACUGCAACUUUGGAACUAACGAACAUGCUGGAGCCCAUCGCUUGCUAACGCGCUCACCUCAUCUCGCCCUUGGAUCGUCGUCAUGGCUGCACUCAAGGGUUUUCUGUGCCGGGCAAGUCUUGCUCGCACAUCGUCCGCAUACAGUGCACCGAGGCGAUGCAUAUCGACAAGCCGGGUGUUGUCCGCGCACCUUACCGUUCGAGACGCGCUAAAUGCCGCGAUGGACGAAGAGAUGGAGAAGGAUGAACGGGUCUUUAUAAUCGGCGAGGAAGUGGCCCAAUACGACGGUGCGUACAAAGUCAGCAGAGGCCUUUGGAAAAAAUACGGCGACAAACGAGUGAUAGACACUCCAAUCACGGAAAUCGGAUUCGCGGGCCUCGCCGUCGGAGCCGCAUUCGCAGGCCUACGUCCCAUUUGCGAGUUCAUGACAUUCAACUUCUCCAUGCAAGCUAUUGACCACGUAAUCAACUCUGCAGCGAAGACGUUCUACAUGUCUGCCGGUCUCAUUGCAGUUCCCAUUGUAUUUCGAGGGCCGAACGGCAACGCAGCUGGAGUUGCUGCCCAACAUUCGCAAUGCUAUGCUGCCUGGUACGGCCACUGCCCGGGUCUCAAAGUCAUCUCUCCGUACUCCUCCGAAGACUGUAAGGGCCUCCUAAAAGCAGCGAUUCGAGACCCAGACCCCGUUGUGUUCCUCGAGAAUGAGCUCAUGUACGGUAUUGCAAUGGAAGUGCCCGAUGAAGUCAUGAGCAAAGACUUUGUUCUUCCAAUUGGCAAGGCAAAGAUUGAAAGGGCAGGUCAGCAUAUCACCCUCGUGUCCCACUCCAAAGCUGUGGGCACCUGCUUGGAUGCGGCCAAGGAAUUGGCAAAGGCCGGCAUAGACUGUGAAGUUAUCAACCUGAGGAGCAUACGGCCACUCGACGAAGAAGCCAUUCAGAAGUCCGUGAUGAAAACAAACCACCUCGUCACCGUGGAAAAUGGCUGGCCCCACUUUGGCGUGGGAGCCGAAAUCUGUGCGAGGAUAAUUGAGAGUCCGGCUUUCGACUAUUUGGAUGCACCUGUGAUCAGAGUAACCGGUUCUGAUGUGCCCAUGCCGUACACUGCCUCCCUCGAGCACGUAGCAGUGCCAACGCCUGAAGAUAUAAUCCUUGCAGUCAAGAAGACACUUAACGUUCAGUGAGAAGGAAGGAGAAUACCCCCUAAAGUUUUGCCAGAAAAAUCUGAAACACUUUCCUUUUUUAAUGUCUUAGCAGUUCUUCAUCAUUGUCUUAGGUCUGGCAGAAGAUUGACGCACAAAGAAAGGCUAGACAUGGUUUGUUAGGAUACGCCCUUUUUUGUGAUUAGUAUGAAGCUGAUUCUGCAGGAUACCUAUGUAGACUGUAGAUUUUUGCAAAUCCUCAAAUAAAAUUUUCUGGUGACA